AUGGCUUCUACCUUUGUCAUUGUCACCGGUGCCAAUCGCGGCAUCGGAAAAGGUAUCCUGGAAUUAUAUCUGAAGAAGCCCAACUAUACCGUGAUAGCUGCAACCCGUGACCCAAACCACCCAACCUCAAAAGCUUUGACUGAUCUGCCAAAAGCUAAGGGCACUUAUUUAGAGAUCAUCAAAAUCGACUAUCUUUCUCCGAAUGACCCCGCUGCGGCAGUCAAAGAGCUAGCCUCCAAGGGUAUUACCCACAUCGACAUCCUGGUCGCCAACGCUGGUAUUGCUCUUUCUUUUCCUAAGGUGUCUGAAGUUGAGGUGGAUCAUAUCCAAAAGCACAUCGACGUCAAUGUGUUUGGCUUUCUCCGUCUCUACCAGGCUUUCCAACCCAUCCUCAAGGAGGCACAGGCCCCUAAGUGGAUAACAAUCGGAUCUAGCUCAGCUUUCAUGACGGUCAGUCUAGUCAUUCUGAACUUCAUCCCAUUUCAUAACGCUGCGUACGCUCCCACUAAAGGUGUUCAGCAUUGGUACACUAAAGCAAUCUCCACUGAAGAUUCUUGGUUGAAUGCUUUCAUAAUUGAACCAGGCUGGGUUGAGACUGAAAUCGGCAACCGAGGUGCCGAAGCCUUUGGGUUCGAGAAAGCCUUUGUUACUGUAGAAGACAGUGCUGAUGGAAUAUUGAAGGUCAUUGACGCGUCCGCGCUGCAAACUCAUAGUGGAAAGCUGUUCAAGUUUGACGGCAACGAGGAGCCUUGGUAG